GAAAUUAAAAGGAAAUUUUAUUUAUUUAUUAAAGCUUUUGUCUUUCUCUCUCAGUUCUUUCUUGUUCUUGUUUGCAUCCAGAAAACAAAAGAAUGAAACUGUUUUGCUUCAUGAUGGCAUCUUUGGUUUAUCUUCUUCAUUGAAAGGUCGAGUUUUGUAUGAGAAAAGAAUAGAGAGAGAAAGAGGCAAAAGGCCCACAAAGAGAGACAUGCUUGUCUGUGUGUAGUCCCUUUUAUACUUUGUGAAGAAAAAAAUAAUCUUAGUUGAAAGCCUAGUGUUUAGUGUGGGAAAGACAAAACAGAAUGGGUUCAUUGGCUUGUGGUGAGGACAAGAUGAAAACAAAUGGUUUGGUUAAUGGAGGAACAACAACUUCAACAACUUCUCAAUCUACUCUUCUUGAAGAGAUGAAGCUGUUAAAGGAUCAGUCAGGAACGAGAAAGCCGGUGAUAAACUCUAUGCUAUGGCACGCUUGUGCAGGCCCACUUGUUUGUCUCCCUCAAGUUGGUAGCUUAGUGUAUUACUUCUCACAAGGUCAUAGCGAACAGGUUGCUGUUUCAACCAGAAGGUCAGCAACAACCCAAGUUCCUAAUUACCCAAAUCUUCCAUCUCAGUUGAUGUGCCAAGUCCAUAAUGUUACCCUUCAUGCAGACAAGGACAGUGAUGAAAUUUACGCUCAGAUGAGUCUACAACCUGUUCACUCCGAGAGAGAUGUGUUACCUGUACCAGACUUAGGACUAUUAAGAGGGAGCAAGCACCCAUCUGAGUAUUUCUGCAAAACUCUUACCGCUAGUGAUACAAGUACACAUGGAGGUUUUUCUGUCCCACGUAGAGCCGCAGAGAAGCUAUUUCCACCCUUGGACUACACAGCACAGCCGCCAACGCAGGAGCUUGUAGUUAGAGAUCUUCAUGAGAAUACUUGGACAUUUCGCCAUAUCUACCGAGGACAACCAAAGAGACAUCUCCUAACAACAGGAUGGAGUUUGUUUGUUGGCUCAAAGAGAUUGAGAGCUGGAGAUUCCGUCUUGUUCAUAAGGGAUGAGAAGUCGCAACUAAUGGUUGGUGUGAGGAGAGCUAACCGACAACAAACAGCUCUUCCUUCAUCAGUUCUCUCAGCGGAUAGUAUGCACAUUGGUGUUCUUGCUGCUGCUGCUCACGCAACUGCAAACCGCACCCCUUUCUUGAUUUUCUUUAAUCCAAGAGCGUGUCCAGCAGAGUUUGUGAUCCCUCUACCAAAGUACCGUAAAGCGAUAUGUGGUUCUCAGCUCUCGGUUGGUAUGAGGUUUGGUAUGAUGUUUGAAACUGAGGAUUCAGGGAAACGUAGGUACAUGGGAACCAUUGUUGGAAUCAGUGACUUGGAUCCAUUGAGAUGGCCUGGCUCUAAGUGGCGUAACCUUCAAGUUGAAUGGGAUGAGCCUGGAUGUAAUGAUAAGCCGACUAGGGUUAGUCCAUGGGAUAUUGAAACUCCUGAAAGUCUCUUCAUCUUUCCCUCACUGACCUCAGGACUCAAACGCCAGCUCCAUCCAUCUUACUUUGCUGGUGAAAACGAUUGGGGUAGCUUGAUCAAACGGCCACUGCCCUACGCUACAUUCCCAAACAUGGCUUCAGAGCAGCUUAUGAAAAUGAUGAUGAGACCUCACAACAACCAAAAUGCUGUAACAUCUUUCAUGCCUGAGAUGCAGCAGAAUGUUUUGAUGGGGCAUGGAGGUUUACUAGGAGAUGUGAAGAUGCAGCAACCAAUGGUGAUGAACCAGGUGGUGCAGGUGCAGCCAGACAACAACAAUCCUUCUGUCUCCAAUACAAGUGGCCAAGAACAGAAUCUGUCACAAAGCAUGAAUGCUCCUACAAAUCUUGAAAACAGCUCUGGGAGAGUCAAUCAUGGAAAUGAGGAGCUGAGUGAGAAACCAAGUGCCUUGUCUCCUUUACAAGCUGAUCCAUCUCCUGAACAGAUAUACCCACCACAACAGUCUGAUCCAACAAAUGGAUUCUCUUUCCUGGAAACGGAAGAGAUGACAUCACAAGUCUCUUCCUUCCAGUCUUUAGCUGGAUCUUACAAGCAACCGUUAAUGCUAUCCUCUAACGAAUCUUCACCUAUUGUGCUACCUGAUUCAACAAACUCAUUUCAGGAUAUGUGGGACAAUCAGCUGAACGGUCUAAAGUUUGACCAGUUUAGUCCCUUGAUGCAGCAGGAGGACCUUUAUGGUUGUCAGAACAUGUGUAUGAGUAAUAGCACAAACAGCAACAUUCUAGAUCCUCCUCCACUCUCAAACACAGUUCUUGAUGACUUCUGUGCCAUCAAAGAAACCGAGUUCCAUUCUUUGGUCGGGAACAACAACAGCUUUGCUCAAGAUGUGCAGUCACAGAUCACAUCUGCUAGCUUUGCAGACUCACAGGCCUUCUCUCGCCAAGAUAACUCUGGAGGAACAGGUGGUACAUCUUCAAGCAAUGUUGAUUUUGAUGAUACUAGUCUGCUGCAGCAGAAUAGUAAAGGGUCAUGGCAGAAACUUGCAACGCCACGUGUCCGAACUUACACCAAGGUCCAAAAAACCGGGUCAGUUGGGAGGUCUAUUGAUGUCACAAGCUUCAGGGACUAUGAAGAAUUAAAAACUGCUAUUGAGUGCAUGUUUGGACUUGAAGGUUUGCUAACACGCCCAAAAACCUCUGGAUGGAAGCUUGUGUAUGUUGAUUAUGAGAGUGAUGUUCUGCUUGUAGGAGAUGAUCCAUGGGAGGAGUUUGUGGGAUGUGUAAGGUGCAUAAGGAUACUGUCGCCAACAGAAGUUCAGCAGAUGAGUGAAGAAGGAAUGAAGCUUUUGAACAGCGCAUGCAUUAACGAUCUCAAGACUUAAUUUAGCAAAUAUGAACAUUUAUAGGAGAACCAUCUUAUUGUAAGCAUCUGAUGUGUUGUUCUGAUUUGAAACCUGCAACUAUUUUAAGAUUAUGUAGCGAGUUAUGAAUGAAUCAAUAGUUGAAACAGUCUGUAAUAAGAAACUUUGUUGUCCUAAUUAGAAUUUUCAUUUUAUUUCAAUUAUAUAA